AUGGAGCCUCCGAGAAAGAGAGCGAGGGAGACAGAGAGACGUGGUGGGAUGGAAAAGCUUGGCGUUUGGUGUAGAGGCGUCAGCCCUGAAGAAGGUAGUGGGAGAAACAAAUUAAUGGCAUCAGACAAGCUUGUGACAGGAAACCCCAUUAUGUGACAGCAGCACAAAGCCUGUGAGACGGGGUUUCAAAGGCGUAAAAGAAGGAGUUACAUUAUAAAAAAAAAACAGCCCCCACAUUUACCAAUCCUGUAAACCCCUCCCUCAAAAAGUAGGCCUCCUCUGGCACUUUUAGUAACCCACGUAAUCCCUGAUUUUAAAUCCAGCCUCUGUUUUCUUUUGACUCAAAAAGAGCGAGGGUAAAAUGAGAUUUUAACAACUUAUUGAUUCAUCGCUGAACAAAAGCAAAGACGCCUUCUAGGUAACUGUUUCUUUAUACAAAAAAAACUAAGCUAAUAUUGUAAAUGAUACACAUUUUGACAGUGCAGCUGCAAAGAUAAACCAUGAGAAGAAAAUCACUGUUAACAACGGUGACUGUCAAACGUUUUCUUCAUUAAGCCUCUUGAAAGAUGAAAAUUUGCUGCUUUCUUCCUCAGUUAAUAAAAGCACCAAGGUAUCACAUCAGGGUUUUGAUUAUUGGUUAAAGAAGAUCACAGGUGAAUGAAAUCAUGAUGAAAACAACUGAGGCAGUGUUGGGAGCUGCAGCCCUCAGUCAUUUGAAAAACUCCAGUGCAGUCAUACUGGCCAAAGUGGGUUUGAGCUGCACAAAUUGAAGCUGAUUUUUAGAUUGCUUAUUAUUUAGGGAGUAAGGUCAAACUUCAGCCUGAAUGUGCUGUUUGCUCUGCAGAGUGUAGAUGGUUAGAGCAAUUCAAGGUGUGUUCAACUGCUCUGGACAGGUCAGAUAUAUUUUAACCAUGUCUAAAACUUUGGUGUGCUGACUGCACACUCUGACAAAGUGAGAACAGGGCUACGAGCUGAUUUCCAACUGUUUUGGGCUUUCUUACCUGAUUGCACCUGCUGAAAAUAGCAAUCAAAAUGUGAAAAUGAAAGAAGUGCAAUAAUUGCAGUGGUAAAACUGUGCAAUUAUCAUGCUGUGCAAAAGUAGCAACAUUCAACAAUUUCAAUAUAAAAGCAUAACAUUGUGCUAUUACAAUAAUGUGCGCAAUAUAUAACAACAUGUACAAUGAGAAAUCAGCAAAUCAAUGCAAUAAUGGUACGAGCAAUAAUAGCUGUGAUCUCGGGGUCAUCUUUUAUACAUGAGGAUGUGAUUAUUCUUUUAUUUUCCCCUGUAGACUGCAAGGAUUGCAUGCUUUUUUUUUUCUGGUAUAGAAAUACUAUAUAUAUUAUGAAGCUAAAUCCAGAGGCUUUACACAAAAUUCCAGUGUACAUGAAACGUUUUGUACCUGUGCAAAUGGCAAUAACAUCUUACUAGUAAAGUGCAAACUCAAAGUAGAAGGUAUCUGCAAACUGUAAAUGCAGAAAUUAUGAAAGUUAUAGACAAGAUUUUUAGUCACAUCAGGGAUCAUUUAAAGUCUGUUAGUGCAGGUAAACAGAUUUCUGUGGACAGUUGUUUAGACAUGAAAAAUGCUGCUGUACAUGUUGCCAUCUAGCCUGAACUCCCCUCUUCAUCUUAGUUACUUCUCUGACUGUGAACCCCUACCACAUUACACAUGCCCUACCAACUGAAGAAUCUCAGGCACAAUAAUCCUGCAAAAAGCUUUGUAGAUCAACUUUGUGCAGAGAAAACAGCUGACCAUCACCAAGAAUGAGAUUAAUAACUUCGGUCAGCAAAGUUUUACAAGUUAACUUUCUGUUUGAAUAUGUCACUAAGGAGCUUCAAAACUUUCAACAGAUGGACCAUGAGUGGAAAUCAGUAACAACAACCACUUCAAGUGUAUCAGAACAGCAGUGUUUGAAUGAUUUAAAUCCUAAAAAUACGAAUAGACAAAGAGGUUAAAAAAAAUAAUCAGUGGUAAGACUCAAACCGCAGCUGUGUAAAGCUUUUGAGUGAUGAAAAGGCAUCUUCAUGAAACAUUUAACAUAGAUUAAUGUUUAAUAAUGUGUGUAGUUGAAAAAUAAUGAAGAGAAUCAGAGUCAUUCAUUAAAAUAGCCUGCAGGCAUUCACCUUUCCACAUAUCCUAGAAAAUGACACCACAGUCAGUGAUAUCACCUUGUUAAAUGUCUCCUAAUCUAAGACUACACCAACCUUUUAGCAGUUCAAAACUCUGAGCUUUGGGCGAGACUGACCUUUGGCCCUUGUUUUAUGGUAAAGUCUGGAGCAAAACCUUUUACUAAAAUGGACUCUACUUGUGCUCUGUGUCAGAUAUUAGGAUUUCCUAAGGCUGCAGGAUGUCGGUUCUGCAUGUCUCCAGAAUUUGAAGCAAUGUGGGCGCAAGAUGGAAUAUGUAUGAGUUUGCAGAAGUGUUAAAGACAAGGAGGUAGAUCAAGUCCACAAUGAUCCACAUCUGUACAAAGUGUAUGGCACUGCAGAAGAGAUACAAUAUGUUUGAUUUCAGAAGAAGUGGAAACCUGCAGAACUAGAUGAAUACAAGUCCAGGUCUUUUGAAAUUUUGGGAAAAACUGCCUUGUUUGUGUACAGUUAUGUCACAUUUGACCAAGAGAGACUUUACAAGUUUUCCAGGUAUAGGAAUCAGCCGGCCGGCUGCAGGCGAAAGAGUCUUCAUGUGUGCUGUGUGCUUUGUUUACUGUACUGUUGCACACCACACACUCCAGAACCAAAACUAUUACAUCUGUCAUUAUUUGUGGUCGUGUGUGAGAUCUAUGAUUUUUGUCAAGAUGACAUUUUGGUGCAUGCCAGGCUGUAUGCUGAGCAUCCUCUGGGUCAAACUCUGACGCCAAAACUAUGGAGCAUGCUUAGAACAGUUUAAGUCCGUAUACGUAUGUAUGGAUCCUGCAUUAUCUAGAUUUGUUACUUGGCUGAAAGAUCUCCCAUGUCUCUUGUUUAGAUUCCCCAAAUACAGUUAUUGCUUUUGGCCUGAGCUCUCUGCCUCUGUCCUCUAGAUUAUAUCCCACAGUAAAGACCAUUGUGGACAGAGAAGAUUGCGUACAAUUACCUUCCUGUAAUGUGAUGCCUGUCUUAAAGGAAUAACGAGUAACAGGAUCUCGAUUCAUGAUCAUGUUUUUUAGUUCUUGAGGUUAAUGUCAAAAACAAAGACAGAAAAAUUCCAAGAGUGUCUCCCCAGAGUCAAGUCUUUGCUAGAAAGAGUGAAAAAUCAGAACAUGCAGUGACAUCAUUGCUGGCGAUGAGAGUAACCCCCACGCCUCUCCUCCGUCCGUCCAGAGAAUCCACCUCCCUGAGCCAAACAGUGUGCUGGAUCCUGGCUGCAGGCCUCCCUCUACAAUAAUAAUCCCCUAACCCUCACACACUUCAUUCUGAUGUGCCUUUCUCCAAAAAACUACAAGAGAUGACAGCUUUGCAAAUGGCCUGGGCCCAGAUCUCAUUUAUUGUAUGGCGGUACGGCCUUGAUGCUUUUCCUCCAAAGUGUGGCUGACAUUUCAAGUUUGGUUUUGCAAAUGAUCUGGGCAAAGAAAACAAUGCAAAAAAAAAAUAAAAAAUCCCUUCAUUUUCUCCCACCCUGAGAGGACUGAGCAUGUGUGAAAUGCGUUAUGGUCCGAGUUCAGCAGCCUUACCGGUUGGUGGAGAUGAAUGUGGACUGUCAUUCGUAUGUUUGUGGGGAGUAUGACAGAGAUGGUCCUUCACAGGAUUAAAACGUGCUGUUUUUCAUACUGACUGUUUAAACAUUCAGGAGAAUGUUUUCCAGAGAUAAUUUUGAGCUCUUUAGAAAUCAUUUACGACUUUCCUUUCAUGCCUUUUAGGUUGCAUUUAUGUUGAGACAUUUCAGUCUGGUUUCAGCGUAGCAGGGAGCUUGCAUCUGAUAGCAGGAGCAGGGUGCAGAAAGGAUGGGUGUCUCUUUUCACUCCCAGCAGGAUUAGGAGACAGUUUACUGAUAAGAUUGCCAAAGACAUCGGCAUCCUAAUCCUGUCUUCUGGUAGACUGAGGAUCUUUGAUCCCUCUCUGAAUUCAUAUGCAUGAACGUAUAGAAAGAGUCAGAGAUAACGAGACUGCAAUACCCUGAAAGCUAGAUUUCCAUGUAGCGUAUUAGCUUUAAUCAUGCCUGUAUUGAUUAGUCCCAAAACAUGAAACAUACAGUGGAUAUUCCACAGUCGCCAACGUUCAAAGAUUUUCAUGAAAUAUGGAAGUUCAAUUAAAAGAUGAGAGUAUGCAGGGCUUGUUUAAUGACUUGGUUUAUAUGACGGGAACUUUGUAGAGACUGCAGGAUCAACUUCAUACGCCAGUCUUUAACCCGGUCUGUCUUCCUGUCUCUGUCUGAGUAUCACGCCACCUCUCUUUGAAAAAUAUGCUCGGCUUUUUAUUAAUCUAAUGUAUGGACCUUCAUGAGGUCUUCAGCACACCACUGAAGAUCCUUUUCAAGUUCUAGAGAUAGCAUUUGUGCUAUCACCAACUUUCCACUGUCUUUGUAUACAGCACAUGAUUGAUAGCCUACUAUCAAGGAUAGACAUUAGUAUUUUGAGUGUGUCCAUUUGUGUUGACUUAUCCAGAGAAACUUUUACAGCCAUUCAAUAUUCAAAACCAUAUAGAAGGAGUUUUGGUUCUGGGGGCAGGAGCUUUUUCUGGCUGGAAAAAAGCAAUCAGCAUCCUGACAAGCUUGUCAGCAGAUGGAAGUAUGAAGUGCUCUAAAAUCAUCUGGCAGACAGCUAGUACUGGAGAUUGCAGCUUCAGGACCACAUUACAUACGGAUCUGGAUACGGACGGAGCUCUCCGUCCAUGCUUCGCGUUCUUUCUGUCUGUUUUUCUGCACAUAUCCUUGAAAUUUACAGAUACUGGCCAGAUCGAGCAGUAUCACUGGCAAACUGUUGGGGCAGUGUUGUUGACUUGUGGUACUGUAUGUGGGGGGCCACCCAGCAAAGCAAGUUGUCGAAAGACCCGGCGGACAUCCUGAAGCACUGAAAAUGAUGAUUGUUGUCAAUUUCUCUCAUCUGUAAAAGAGAAAGAAUUCUCCGUCCUCCAACUGCUAGGUAUUUAGCGGCCCGACUAACCACUGCCUCCUCCAACAUUGCCUCCAUUUCUGUCUCCUAGGCAAAAUAUACAUUAUCACUAGCACCUCCAUAGUUUCCGUGUUUCUUUUCAUUUGUUGUCAGAAACUCUUGACUCCAGCCUGCCCUCUGAUGGAUGAAAUGGUUAACAUCCAUGCCAACGUAAAGGACGUAUGAAAGUAUGUGGGCAGUGACGGAACCAUUGUUUAAAAUGGAUGUGUACAUUUUCAUAGGUACGGUGAGCAUAAAUGAGCCUUUAGGAUCAUUAGUCUGCAAACAUGCUAUUCAUACCAGUAGGUGACAUGUCCCUCUAAAUCAUUACAGACUCCAGAAAUCUCACAAUACUUUUAUGCACUAAAGAAUCCUUGUUAAGAUUGACUUGAUGUUAUAACUGAACUGUUAUUCCUCAUACGUCUCUUAUGAAAACACCUCCUCUGCUUGUCCUCGCAGUAUCCUUCUCUGCUCUUCCUGACACCUAUUUUCUCACACCUCUUUGCUUUUCAGGCGAGGCAUGGGGUCCUUUUGACUGGCAACCCAAUGAAAACGGCGCUGGAGGGCAGGAGCGUGGGACCAG